AUGUCAACCCAUAGUGUGUCCUCAGUGGCUAUUACGGAUCCCCCUUUUCACGGUCGCAAUGUGCCUCACACCAACACGAACGACGUAAAGGCCGCUUCAUUGCUAGGCCUACCAGCCGAGCUACGCCUCAAAAUGUACGCCGAGAUGUCGCCUCCGCUCAACGGCCAUAUCGCAGACUAUCAAUCUCUUUUCCUCUCUUGCAAAAAGCUCAAGGCUGAAGCCGAAAUCGAGAUUGUCCGAAACAUGCAACACUUCCUCAGAGACGUAAUGAAGAUGGUGACGAGAGACAUGAAGCUCUGCCUCGACAACGACACCGAGUCACCCCACGCUCCCGGCAGCAAUGUCGAUGAAAUCAGAUUCAUCUGGGAAGAUCAGCUGAAGUCAGUCACGAGUACUUCUUACUCUGAGAGGGUCAAGGGUCUUGGAUAUAUGGGAGCCUAUGAGCUUUGGUACCUAAGGAAAUCGACAAGUUCUCGUGGCAUCUUUGGUUUUUUCUGGAAAAGGAAGCAGCCUUAA